GGGUUCACUUGACUUCUCUCUCGCUCUCUUCAAUAACAACGUUCAACACCCCCUUGUAUCUACAAACCUAGCUCCACACACCAUCACCACCUCAACUCCAAAAAUGCCAGGUACAGGUAAAGGCGCUCUGUCCAUCGUCCCUGCCGGUGUCAUCACCGGAGACAAUGUCCGGAAGCUCUUCGAAUACGCUCGAGAGAACAAGUUCGCUAUCCCUGCCAUUAACGUGACAUCAUCUUCCGUCGUUAACGCAUGUCUCGAAGCUGCCCGUGAUAUCAACUCUCCCAUCAUUCUUCAGGUCUCCCAAGGAGGUGCUGCCUUCUUUGGAGGUAAGGGACUGGCCAACGGAAACCAAGAGGCUUCCAUCGCCGGAGCUACUGCCGCUGCUCACUUCAUCCGAUCCAUUGCCCCCCUGUACGGAAUCCCCGUCGUUCUUCACUCCGACCACUGUGCUCAGAAACUCCUCCCUUGGUUCGACGGUAUGCUUGACGCCGAUGAAGCCUACUUCAAGGAGCACGGCGAGCCCCUUUUCUCCUCUCAUAUGUUGGAUCUCUCUGAAGAGUCCAAGGAGGAGAACAUCGCCACUUGUGUGAAAUACUUUGAGCGAAUGGCUAAGAUGAACCAAUGGCUCGAGAUGGAAAUCGGUAUCACUGGUGGAGAAGAGGACGGUGUCGACAACACCGGAAUCGACAACGCCUCCCUUUACACUCAACCUGAAGACAUCUGGGACGUCUACUCUGCUCUGUCCAAGAUCUCCCCCAACUUCUCCAUCGCCGCUGGAUUCGGAAACGUUCACGGAGUCUACAAGCCUGGUAACGUCAAACUCAGACCCGAUAUUCUCGGUAAACACCAGGAAUACACAGCCAAGGAACUGAAGAAGGAGGGCGAGAAGCCUCUUUUCCUCGUCUUCCACGGAGGAUCCGGAUCAACCAAGGAGGAGAUCCGGGAGGCCGUCACCAACGGUGUGGUCAAGAUGAACGUUGACACUGACACUCAGUGGGCAUACUUGUCUGGAGUCCGAGACUUUGUCCUCAAGAAGAAGGACUACCUCAUGUCUCAGGUCGGUAACCCCGAGGGCGCCGACAAGCCCAACAAGAAGCAAUACGAUCCUCGUGUAUGGGUUCGAGAGGGUGAGAAGGUCUUGGUCGAGAGAGUUAAGGAAGCCUGCCGAGAUCUCGGAAAUGAGAACAGGGCGUAAAUUAGUUGUGGUGCUUGGCAUACUCUAGUCACUUGAGACGCCUGGAGGCUCGACUUUGUUCCCUCGAGAAGGCUAAAAGAUCCCAGUAUAAGGUGUACUCUGGUUCAUGGCUGGCAUGCAUCCUAAUGCCUGAUGAAAGAA